UAAAUAUUUAUUUAUUUAUUUAUUUUCAAAAAAAAAAAACUUUCCAAUUUUAAUAAGCGGUAUAAAUAAAAAUGAUAAUAAGACGAUUAUUUCUCCAAAUAAACCCUCAAAUUUCCCAAAAACGAAUCAGCCAAGCCCCAAAAAAAAAAAAAAUCCUCAACGAUCUUUCGGACCCCAAAAAAUUCGGAUCCAUCACAUCGGGGUUUUGGGUAACCCGACGGCCAUGGCGAGACCCAUCACCGGAGCAGCAAGAUCGGCGGUUGCCACGUCAUCACCAAGCAUGACGACAACCAUAACCCUAGAAAACACUGAACCAUCUUCAUCGUCGUCAUCGAGUUCUCAGGCACAGGAACAGAGUUUGGUUCUCGUCCUGAAGAAGAAGAAGAAGAAGGUUUCGUGGAAGGAAGGCACGGUGGAUAACGAGUUUAUGCAGAAGAAGAGCUCCAAGAAAUGCUGUAUCUUCCACAAGCAGAAACCCUUCGAUGAGGACGAUAGCGAUGAAGAACAAGAUAAUCAUCAUAAUCAUGAUGAUCAUCAUCACGAUCAUGAUGAUCAUCAUCACGACGGUGGUUCUUGUUCCAAGAAUUAAUAUUCGAAAUGAUUUUGUAAUUCUAGUUUUUUUUUUUUUUUUUUUUUUUGGUGGUGGGGGGGAAUAAUUAGGAAUUCAAUUGAAAUGCAUCGAUGAUAAAUGGGAUUUUGCAAAAUAUGUGUUUUUUUUGUACGUGUGAGAAUUGAGAAUCUAUGAAUCAUUUUGAUGGAUCUGUGCUAUUA